AUGGCGGACCCACAGGCGAAUGCAGAAGGUGAACCCGAGAAAGACAAAAACGGGUGCUGGUUCAUUCCAGGGGUGUCGCUUCCCUCCACCGCUUUCGCCGUCGGGGAACAGGUGCAACCCCCAGGCCAUAAGCAGGCGAAGGGAAAAUACU